AGCUGAGGCAUGGGGGGCGGGGCAGGCGCCCACAAAAAACCCGGGAACCUUUUAUUAAAAUUUGGUGGACCGGAGCGGAAAAGAGAACAAUAAGCACAACGCACUUCCGGUUAUUCCGGAAGUAGAGACUAGACACGCUCCUGAGCUCCACCGCCGGUGGCGGGCCAGGGAGAAGGGAUGGCCGGGCGGGCGGCGCAGCUAGUGCUGCUGGCCGGGGCGGCUGCGCUGGCGAGCGGAUCCCAGGGCGACCGUGAACCAGUGUAUCGUGACUGCGUGCUCCGGUGCGAGGAGCGGAACUGCUCGGGGGGCGCACUGAAGCACUUCCGUUCCAGCCAGCCAAUCUACAUGAGUCUGGCAGGCUGGACCUGUCGGGAUGACUGUAAGUAUGAGUGUAUGUGGCUCACUGUUGGCCUCUACCUCCAGGAAGGUCACAAAGUGCCUCAGUUCCAUGGCAAGUGGCCCUUCUCCCGGUUCCUGUUCUUCCAAGAGCCAGCUUCUGCCAUGGCCUCCUUCCUCAAUGGCCUGGCCAGCCUGAUGAUGCUCUGCCGCUACCGCACCUCCGUGCCAGCCUCCUCCCCCAUGUACCACACCUGCGUGGCCUUCGCCUGGGUCUCCCUCAAUGCUUGGUUCUGGUCCACAGUCUUUCAUACCAGGGACACCGACCUCACAGAGAAAAUGGACUACUUCUGUGCCUCCACUGUCAUCCUCCACUCAGUCUACCUGUGCUGUGUCAGGACCGUGGGGUUGCAGCACCCAGCUGUGGUCAGCACCUUCCGGGCCCUCCUGCUGUUACUGCUGACUGCACACAUCUCCUACCUGAGCCUCGUCCGCUUUGACUAUGGCUACAACCUGGUGGCCAAUUUGGCUAUUGGCAUGGUGAACGUGGUGUGGUGGCUGGCCUGGUGCCUGUGGAACCGCCGGCAGCUGCCUCAUGUGCACAAGUGCAUGGCGGUGGUCAUGCUGCUGCAGGGGCUGUCCCUGCUCGAGCUGCUGGACUUCCCACCUCUCUUCUGGGUCCUGGAUGCACACGCCAUCUGGCACAUCAGUACCAUUCCUGUCCACGUGCUGUUUUUCAGCUUCCUGGAGGACGACAGCCUGUACCUGCUGAAGGAAUCAGAGACCAAGCUCAAGCUGGACUGAAGACCCUGGGAGCAAGUCUACCCCUUCCUGCGGGCCUCCCUCCCCACCCCCAGCUCUUGAGAUGAUUUGUUUUCUCCUUUUAGCUUCUUGAACUUAGACAUGAAGGGUGUGACCUGAGAAUCAUGGACCCUGUCCACCCCAUUGCUGGCCCCCAUGUGGCAUUCACAGGUCCUGGAGCCUAUUCUGGGCCUGGCCUCUCACUCAGUGUCUGGGGCUGAAGGAUGGGCAGCCCCUCUGGUUCCUGGAGUUGAACUGGGGGAGCUGAGUGUGUGCUUCGCCCCACCAAGAGGAGAGCUGCCCCUGCCUCUUGCCCCCCAGCCUCCUCCUCACAUCCCCACACUGCCUGGGUGGUGGUCCCCAGAGCCCCAGGUCUAGCUGGGAGACCAGGUACCACAGGACUUUGGGAAUACAGCAGGGUCCCCUUCUGGUUACCCCCACCCUCCCCCAAGGCACCACUAGGUGGCAGUGGAUGCUUGCACUUUGGCUCUGGUGAGGUUUCAGGACUGCUCAUUUUCCCUGGGGUCUGGAGGGACCCAGCCGCUAGGACUGGGAAGGGGUCCCCCUGACUCCUGCCCCAGCUAGACCCCUGGAGGCCUCACCAUACUCCCACUCAGGGCCAGGAUCCCAGAGAGCCAGGGACAGGAAUCCCACCAGCCCCUGUGCUGCUGCUCUGGAUUGGGAACCGGAGUGUGAGUGGUAAGGGAGUGUGGUCCACUGGCAGUGGUCAGGCAGUGGUGGGAGUGUGUGGCAUGCUGGGUGGGACAGUGUGUGUUAGCACAGGCUGGGCUUGCAGUGUGAAGAGUGUACGGGGAGGGCCUGGGAGUGGUGGUUUUUAAUAGAAGUGAAAUUCAUACAACAAAAUUUGAUCAUUUUAAAGUGAACAAUUCAGUAGUGUUUGGUACAUACACAAUCUUAUGCAACUGCCACUCUAUCUAGUUUCAAAACAUUUUUGUGAGCAGUUUUAAAGUGUGUGUGUGUGUUGGGGGAAGUAGGUGGGUUAGGGGAAUAUACCUAGCCUGAGUCUUGAGUGUGUCUGUGGGUGCGUGUCUGAGAUGAGGUGUGCCACAGUGCAGGGAGGCUAGAGUAAGAUCGGGGUCAAGUUGCCACCAGCAAUCAUUUAUUGAGCACCAACGCUGCACAAGACCCCAAGCCAGGCAGAGAGUGGGGAUAUCCCCAUGAUUUGGCUGGGAGGAUGGGUGUCCAAGCUACGUGUGUGUGUGUGUGUGUGUGUGUGUGUGUGUGUGUGUGUGUGUUCCUGUCCUUUGCCCCUUGCCCUUUUGUCUCCAAGCCUCACAGAGCCCUCACACAACUGAUCACUCUUCAGAACCAGCCUCUCGGAGACAGAGGGAGGAAGGAAAACAAAGAUCUUUCUGGGCCCUCUCCCACCUCCCUGUCUCCUUGCUCAGGCAUGUUUGGCCUCCCCUUCUCCCAGUUCUCUGCUUGCUGACCCCUUUGCCACAGCCUGGACCUUGGGGAGGGAUGUAGCAGUCAGAGGGAGGAGGGGAGAAAACUUGUGGCUGAGUCUCGUUUCUGCCCUCCCCAGAGGGGCUAUCUGUUCUGGGCUAGCCCCAAGACAGGUCCAGGCCACACGAUGUCAGUACCCCUGUAAAUGUGACCCCUGCUAGUUGGCGGCAGUCCUGGCACAUUCUUGCCCUACAAGGAUAAAAUGGCAAUUUGUGGAGCUCCAGAAGCCCUCCAUCCCAAAGCAGUCUCUGUGAUUGGAGCAGGGAGACUGGAUCCUUGCUCUUUCCCUGCCCCCGUGUGCCUUCUUGCGGGGAGGGGAGCUAUGCUAGUACUCCAACCUCAGGGACUUGGGUGGCUCAUGGGUCCUUUUGAUACUGAGAGCUGUUUUAAGACAAAGGGCAGCAAGGGGCAUUCUUAAUAAACCAAUUGUGCGUCUCAUCCUUGUUCAGCUCAUUUGUGUGGAUAGGGUGGGCAGGAGAGAAGAAGACAGAAUUGUGGUGAGGAGGACCCAGAGCUGGCUGGAAAGGGGCAGAGGACAG